UCGGUAACUUUGACUGGAAUCAGAACAAGAUUAUUGUGAAUCCUUGGUAGCUGGGAUGCAUUUAGUUAACACAAUCAACACUGCUGAUGAGGGGAAAGACUGAGGACCUCGCGCGUUUCGUUGUUUGUUUCGGACAUUAGGCAAACGUGUGAUCCCGACAGCAGACCGCAAUGGCUACCAGGUCGAAAGAAGAAAAGUUCCAGUGUUUGAACUGUCCAAUGUGUCUUGAUGUCUUAUGUAACGCUACCUUCCUUAGCUGUGGCCAUUCCUUCUGCAGGGGUUGUUUAGAAGCAUAUGACAAGCAACUCAAGGAUCUGAAUCACAUUGUCUGCCCAGUCUGCAGGAAGUCGACCAAGCUGGAUCAAGAACGGGUCGCAGGUUUGACACCAAACUUCUUAGCCAAAGGUCUAAAAGAUCUCCUCAAAGUGGACGUCAUCGCACAAAGUCAGGAAGACGAUCUUUCAUCGAAAUUCUGUUCAUUGCAUAGUAAUGUCUAUAAAGACAUUUACUGCCAGCCCUGUGGUGAGUUCAUCUGUCUUACAUGCUUUAUCGACAGCCAUCAAGGUCACAAGAUUAAGAAGCAGGAGGAGUUAGAAAAGGAGUUGAAGACCAAAAGAGAUGCUCUUCUUGAGAAGAGCACGACGAGAAAGGCCCGCUUUGAACAGUGUUUGAGCGAGGCUCUCCUACAAAGAGAUGUCAUGAAUUCACAUCUGAGUGGUUUGGAGAGGGAAGUCAGAGAUACCUUUGCCAUCAAGGUUGUAGCUCUCCAGCAAAAUGAGGAAGAAUUGCUAGAGAAGAUUGAAGGCAUCAGGAAAGACUUGGACAAGCAGUUGGAAGGUUGUAUUUAUCGCUGCACAGAAGUCAUUGGUAAGAUCAGUAGUUCUGUCAAACUCUUAACCCAUCAUGCAAGUAAGCCUUUAGAUCAUGAUAUUAUUAAAGCGGACCAGUUGAGAUGCGCCGAUCUAGAGGAUUCACUGAUGAAGGUCACUGAUGAAGAGUCUACAACACGUGUGGAAGAGAUAAGAAGGAAUGUACAGUUUUGUCCGGCUGGGGAUGAGCUUCUUGCCCUAGGUUGUAUAGAUGUCAGCGUCAACGACAUAGAGAAUAAUAGUAGUCAUAAUACCACAGAUGAUGCUGUGGUUUCUGAAGAAGCGGGAGGGCCACCAGCUAGCAGUCUGGAAACCGUGAAUGCCACGCAACAUGUGAAGACUACUGGUAGAAAGCAUAGAAGAAACAAGAGAGGAAGAAAGCAGCAAGUUUGCAAGAACGAUUCAGGCAUUCCAGAAACAGUAUUGAAUAAUUCAAUGAGUAUUGUGAGAACAAGGGCUUUCCCUUUGGAUAAAAGACGCUUGUUCGGGCUCGCAGCUCUGUCGGAGGAUGCAGUGGUUAUAGGAUACGGCGAGGAUCGGAUAGGUUGUGACCGCUUUACUCUGUCGGGUGACGAAGGUCCAUACCUUGGGAGUGAGGUGGGUGACGUCUAUGAUGUUGCUUUCCUUUCAGGUGGCAGGACGGUUAUAUCAAAGGAAGGAGAUGAAUUCGUUAUAUACAACACCAUCAGCGGAAGCAGUAGCGGCAAGAGGUACGCUUUGAGGCCAUCUGGAGGACUCGUCCGGGUGAGCACUGAUCAGCAUGACAACAUCUACGCCGUAAAUAAUAACCCAGUGAUCUGCGUCUUCGACGGUAGCAACCCUAACCCACAGAGAGUGGUCCGCACUGGGAAUAUCCGACCGCAGCAGAUCUGCGUUACCAGGACUGGCAUAAUGAUUACCAGUACCGGUACCGGCAACUUCACGCCUAGCACGGUCACUGUCUUUGACCGGGAAGGUCGCGUAGGCCCUUCCAUCAUAGCAACCAAUCAAAAUGAGUAUGUGUAUGCUACGGUAGACAACCUUGAUAGAGUUCUUGUAGCAAUCGUGGGGUCUUUGUCAGAUACAUUGAGUUUAACGAGGUACAGGCUGCAAGGAAUUCAGCCCAUUGAAGAGGUGAGGUUUCAACUUCUUAGAAUGCCUGGUCAAAAUAAGUUGGGUUUGUCUGGUACUAUGUUCCACAUUGUCAGUCUUUCACCCAACAUGAUUGCUGUUGUUUUUCAGAACUGUCUUUCUUUCAUACAGCUAGGAAUGUAAGUAGUGGAGAGUUUCGUCCUCCCUCCUAGAGCCCUGUUUCAUUAAAAGUCACAAGUUACAAAAACUUUUAUUAGCUACUGAUGUCCUUGCAUUUGAUUGGCCGAGAGCAAAGUUGUAUUAAAAUUUCAAAAUGUGUAACUAACAAAAAAGUCUUAUGAAUCAGAGCCUGUCUUAGGUUGCUUUAACCCUAUUUUAACUGGGCUAUUUCAGACUUUUUUUUACUAAGAUCUCGGCCG